CCAGAGAAACCAGAAACUCAUUCAUCGUCCUCACGCAAAACGGCCCUCACUCUCGACAUCGUCCAAACUCUCAAUCUCUCGUUAACUCUCAAUCACUCACACUAACCUUACGAUACACUACUCUCAAUCUCACUCUAAACGCGAAACCAUGGUUUUAAAGAGAAUCAAGUAAGAAGGCUCACAUUCGGCGGUGAUUCGGCGACGAUGGUGAGCUCGUACCUUCCUCUCUUCACUAGGUUUUUUCACGUCGUCGCCUGAAGAUUAUGAUUUCUGUGGUUAGGAUUUUCGUUUGGAAAAAUUUAGGGUUUUCCGCCUCUCCUCUCGCCUCCGCUUCCUUCCUUUUAUAUCAACAACUUAGGGUUUCAGGUUGGCUUAUGGAGAUCCAGAAGAGUAUCUCUGCGAAAUCCUUUUAGGGUGGUCAGAUUUUGAUUGCUCUAUUUGAUGUUUGGUUUGGAACGUGAAAAUUGGUGAAAAGAAAAACUUCGGUUAUUUGCAAAGCUCAACUAUUGCUGCUGUCAUGAACUUCUAGGUUAGUAGGUGUUGCCGGUUGAAUGGGUUGUUGGUAAUGUGUUUGCUGUUGGCUUCGAGAAACGGUGGCUGCGUUUGAAAUUAUGUUGCUUAAAUACAGGUUUUGUGGGUUAGUUAGAGGUGUUAGAAAUAUGGUGGAGAAUUCCGUUAAAAAAAGAGAGGGGUUCUGUUUUUUGAACUGAGCUUCUAAAAGACUCUAAUGUUAUAUUAACAGUUAGGAAAUAAGUUGUUGUUAUUCGUGAUCGUUAUUAUCAUACUGAAAGAGAUUAAUCUUCUGUUAUCUUGCUGAUUUUCCUGAUUGCAUUGUGAUGUUUACAAGGAAUUUACUGUGAAACUGAUAUGAACCAUUGCCACCAGGUUGUUCUGUUAUGAACCUUGUAGGGAAUGUUGGCUUUAAUGUUGCAGCAACAAGUCUGCAUCCAAUCACGGUUGACACGGAUAAGAUAUACUCUGCUGUAAGCGGCACAAAUUGGUGCGAGUUCCAAAACCUGGUGCUACAAGACUUCACUUGGUCUAUGCUUCUGUUUCGGCACGAUGAUGCAACAUGUUCGGUUACAUCAUAAUGCUUGUUCAGGAUCUUUCCAUCAAAGUCAAGAGAGAACAAACCCGAAUGACAAAUCUUGAAUCUCUUCAUUGGCAACGGUAACCGUGUUGUCGGGACAGAAGCUGCUAUUUGGACUUGAUAAUGAUGUGAUGAGGACUAAAACUUCCAUUCGCACUGUUAUGUUUGUAAGAUGCAGGUCUUGGAAGUACUGCAUUUGAGGUUAUGGCUGGGACAAGGGAUCAAAUACUAUUUUUGUUGAUCAACCUAUCGGGACAGGUUUUAGCUAAAGUUCUGAUGAAGGUGAUAUUCCUACUGAUGGAACUGGUGUUAGCAAUGACUUGUACACUUUUUUUUGCAGGCAUUUUUAAGGAACACCCUCAAUUGGUUAAGAAUGACUUUUAUAUUACCGGAGAAUCAAAUGCUGGACACUAUAUUCCAGCUCUCGCAUCCCGGGUUCACAAAGGAGACAAAAACAAAGAAGGAAUUAUUAUAAACUUCAAGGGUUUUGCCAUUGGUUUAUGGAGUAUUUGUGGGUCUUUAUACCUCAACAGUGCUUGGAGGCACACUUACUUUCGGUUCAUUAAUCAUGUUUUGGGUUCUUCCAGAUGACGUAAGUGAAAAAUAGGAAGAAAGUUAAAUGGCAAUAAAAUUUGGAGGAGACAUUUCUCAAUUAGUUGUGGCAUGUAUUGCUAUAUUAUGUACUGCAUAUUGAACUACUCACCUAUGAUUUUGUAAAAGCUACCGUAAUAGAAGCUGUUUCAUUCCAAUAUUAUUCAUUUAAUCUUCCAAGGUUUCUCUACACCAAAAUACACUUUAUGUUAUAACAAAAAAGAAAACAAAAUUAAAGUGUACUUAAACCUCCAUAUUAAUAGACUCGGUAUAAUACAAUUAAUCACGGUCGCCAUUGUUAAACACAGAACACUGUGCUGCUGGUCUAGACAAUUCUUCACCUGCACUUGCCGGACACGUCAUCAGCGUCACCGUUGGCUUCAUGCAGUUGGUUAGUUUAUAAGUUUUGUUAGUCAUGGGGGAUGCUGGUUAACAGUUGUUGUAAUUGCAGGUUGACUCGGCGAUGCGGUAUGUGAGUUAGCUCGGGUCCAAGGGCCGUUUUGGAACUGUUUUGAAGUUUUGGUGCUCAUGUUCUGGACCUCCAAUUGGAAUGCCAAUGAAGCUGCUUCGGAGUUUGAAUUCA